AUGAAUUCCGAACUCGAGGAUGGAAAUGAAAGCUCAGACACUGGUAGUAGAGGCGCAAGCAGAAGCAGAAAGAGAGCCUCGAGAGCAAGUAGUGCAAGACCGCAGUACCAGUUAGAUAUGGAGGACGUGGAUGUACAAAGAAAUGAGGAGGACGAUGAAGAGUAUCACGAUGAGGACGAGGACCUUGGUGAUGAUAGGCAGGCAGGGGACGAUGACGUGGAGGAAGUAGUGGUACCAUCAGUUUCAAGACGGGGAAGGCCCUCUAAAAGAAGAAGAGGAGAUAUCACAGACGAUAAUAAGUCAGAAACUGAAGACUCGAGAAGCGGAUCUGCCGUGCCGCCUGGAAUGUUUGCAAAAAGACCUCACCAUGCUUUCCCCGUAGAUUCGUCCGGAGCACCAUUAUCUGUUAUCAAUGAAGAAUACGAUCUCCCUGAUGAUCCAGAGGGAGAAACCAAAAUCACUGAAGAUGGCGACCUUUUAGGAAACAGACAGUUCUUAGUUCGCUCAUUUACUGUGAAAGACAAGGGUCAGAGGAAGUAUAUGUUAUCCACAGAACCUGCAAGAGCUGUGGGAUUUAGAGAUUCCUACCUUUUUUUUCAAUAUCACCCAAAUUUAUACAAAUUUAUCUUAUCACAGGACCAGAAGAAUGAGUUAAUUGAUCGUGGUGUCUUGCCGUACUCCUAUAGAAGUAGACAAAUUGCGUUGGUUACCGCUAGAAGUGUUUUCAAGGAGUUUGGCGCCAAAAUAAUUGCUAACGGAAGGAAUAUUACAGACGACUAUUAUGCAACGAGGCUGAGAGAAGAAGGGCGUGUCGUGGAAGGAACAUACGUCAAAGAUCAAUCUAAAAGGGGUAGCGUUAGAGGCUCAACCGGACUAGAAUUUGCUAGCACAAACUCGAUAAAUCCUGCCAAGAACGCAGUUGAAUUUUUUGUUAGGAGAAAUCAAAAUCAGGUUAGUAGUGGGACAGGUGUAGAUCCCUCAAGCAAAAUGACAGCUACAAAUUGGCUUUAUCAACAUGCGGCGGCAUGCAGCAGGUUGAACAGCGAUAUGUAUUAUGACAGGGUACGCGUUUUAUUAAUAGAGCGACAAGGACUCAGAGAUCCGUAUACUAAUACGUUACAUAUACCAGGUUCUACACAAUCCUCCAGGGUCGUAGCACGGUAUAGAAAACCAUCGAACAAGCAAGAAUUGGCAAAUGACCAUUGUAUAACAUACGAGACGGUGAUAGAGGAUCAAGAUUUGACUAGAAAUAAAACCGGUUUGCUAGAUGUUCCGAGAGAGCUCUUUGACGAUAUUGUAAGCGACGAUGUGAGAGAAGCCAUAUUAGAGCAACAGACUUUUGAAAAGGCGAUUUAA